UAACAGGAGCGCGAGGUUGGCUCCUCAGAAAGUGAUAGGCAAUCUCUCUCUCUGUCUCUCUAGAUGCCAAGUUCUUUUUAGCUCAUUAACUAGAUAUCUUGGGGGUUGUAGUUAUAUAUAUUCAGAGGGUGAUGGAGUCUCCCCAGGUUUUUAUUUAGCUGAGAGAGAGAGAGAGAGCCUGUCUUUUGGAAGGAGGAAGAAAAACAGUUGGUGGUAGUUGAUGAACUGAAACUGUAGGGAUCGAUGGUGUUGUGGUGGAGAUCAAUAUAAGAGGAGCAGGAGAACAAAUAAGGUGGAUGGAGUGGUGGAACAUGCUCCUCUCCCCUGUCCGAAGGGCUUGGCUCGCUCUUUCCUCUCGCCUCAAGCCUCGCCGUCACCGUGAUGGACUUUUGAAGCUUCACCAUGACAUUCAAACAUGUGAGUAUGAGGACGUGCAGGUCAUGUGGGAAAUGCUACAAAGAUCGGAGCUGGAGCAGAUUGCGAAUAAUUCCAAAGGCAAGCAACGCCCUUUCUGGAGAGUCUUCGUAUGGUCUAGCCACAGCACAUCGGUAACAUUAUCUGCAGAUCAUGCUUAACAGGCACGAAACUUCAUCCAUGACAAAGUUUCAGCAUGGCAACAUCACCAUUUGACAGAGGAGAGAGAAUCGAGACAUGUGUACACUGUAUUUAUGGAUCAAGUUUUGUAAAUAUAUGUGAAAAAGAGAAAGUUCUGUAGAUAUAUGUCACAUUGUCAUAAGUCCACAUUCAACUUGAUCCACACACAAUGGGAAGUGGCUGUUACAAA